GAAGAGAACUCUGAAGACGAGCUGGGAGGGUCAAAGCAACUGUACAAAGGUAAUACAAAAAUGGAUUCAUCUGAAUUUAGAAAGCGAGGCAAAGAUAUGGUGGAUUAUAUUGCAGAUUACCUGGAACAGAUUGAAUCAAGACAAGUUUUUCCUGAUGUAGAACCUGGGUACCUGAGACCUCUCAUUCCAGAUGCUGCUCCAGAAGAGGGAGAAACAUAUCAAGCUAUCAUGCAGGAUGUUGAGAGGGUGAUCAUGCCAGGGGUUACGCACUGGCAUAACCCUUAUUUUUUUGCUUAUUUCCCUACUGCCAACUCAUUCCCAGCAAUGCUUGCUGAUAUGUUGAGUGGAGCGCUUGGGUGCAUUGGCUUUUCCUGGGCUGCAAGUCCAGCAUGCACAGAGCUAGAGACUGUAAUGUUGGAUUGGCUGGGAAAGAUGAUCGGUUUGCCAGAGCACUUUUUAGCUGGCAGUAAAGGAGAAGGUGGAGGAGUUAUUCAGGGCACUGCAAGCGAAGCAACAUUAAUGGCACUACUUGCUGCAAGAACCAAGGUAACCCGUGCACUUCAACUGGAAAAGCCAGAACUGACAGAGGCAGAAAUUAUAAGUAGAUUGGUGGCAUACUCUUCCGAUCAGGCACAUUCAUCUGUAGAGAGAGCAGGACUUAUCAGUGGAGUGAAGAUGAAGAAGAUCCCAUCAGAUGAGAAUUAUGCAGCUCAAGGGCAAGCUCUCAAAACUGCUUUAGAAGAAGACAAAGCAAAUGGACUCAUUCCAGUCUUUCUUUGUGCAACCCUUGGGACAACUGCUUCCUGCGCUUUUGACAACCUAAUGGAACUGGGGCCUCUGUGUAAUGCAGAGAAUAUAUGGCUCCAUAUUGAUGCUGCAUAUGCAGGAAGUGCCUUUAUUUGCCCAGAGUUCAGAUAUCUGAUGAAAGGUGUGGAGUUUGCAGAUUCUUUCAACUUUAAUCCACAUAAAUGGCUUCUAGUGAACUUCGACUGCUCUACAUUUUGGGUGAAAAAACGGUCAGACUUGAUCGGUGCCUUCAAAAUGGAUCCGGUUUACCUCCAGUAUGACCAGCAGGAAUCAGGUCUAAUAACAGACUACAGGCACUGGCAGAUUCCACUGGGAAGAAGAUUUCGAUCUUUGAAACUCUGGUUUGUUUUUAGAAUGUAUGGCGUUAAAGGACUUCAAGAACACAUUCGAAAGCACGUGUCCCUGGCACAUGAAUUUAUGGACUAUGUGAAGCAGGACAAUCGUUUUGAAAUCUGUGCUCCGGUUAUUUUGGGUUUGGUUUGCUUUCGAUUAAAGGGCUCCAAUGAACUGAACAAAGCUCUUCUACACAAGAUAAACAACAGUAAAAAAAUUCAUCUUGUACCAUGCUGCCUGGGGGACACAUUUGUAUUACGUUUUGCUGUCUGUGCUCGAAAUGUGGAUUCCAAUCACAUUAUAUUUGCCUGGAAGCACAUUGAAGAACUGGCCGUGGAACUUUUAAAUGCAUAGAGAGCAAGAAGCAAAGAAACGAGAAAUUAAGCACGUUUGCUUGGGCAUUCGCCAUCUUGAAAGGAGUAUAAUUGUUUUAAUUAAUGGACAAAUUCACUGUAACUACAAAUGUGAAGUACAGAAAAGAAAGUAGUACAUGGUUAAUGUUUAGUCACCACAAGGAAUAACCCAAAUAAAAUAUAUGAUAAAAAUAAAAAUGGUCAUAUCUCAA